AUGGAAAUAGACGCAGCCUCCAGCGCGUCCAGCGACUCCCACAUGGGGAACUACUGUCACAAUGUUAACAACUUGAAUUACUAUCCGGAUAAUUUUUACUUCACCGCCAAUUGUAGGCUGGAAAACUACUUCGCGAAUGACAAAAUCGCGAAAAAGGUGGAAACGAGCACCAACGGGAAAGUCGACUAUUUUAAGAGGGACGAUUAUUGUGGUGUGGUGAACCCCAAACUAGACGACGUUGGUAGCAGGACGGUGCAAUUGGAUUAUUAUAAUAAUAACAGCAAUAAUAGCAGUAUAGUUAGUGUUGACAAGAAGGUUCCGGAUGGUACCAUACAGUUGAACAAUGUCGAUAGUUACGGGAAGAAGUCUAUGAGUUUUUCGCCGGAUCAGGUGCAAUGUAUGUGCGAAGCACUCCAACAGCGUGGAGACAUAGAACGGCUGGCGACGUUCCUCUGGUCGCUACCACCCUCCGAGCUUCUUAGAGGCAACGAAAGCAUCCUCAGGGCGCGAGCGGCUGUCGCCUUCCACAGAGGUUCCUAUCACGAAUUGUACUCUAUUCUGGAGUCGCACGCCUUCCACACGCGUUGGCAUCCGGAGCUCCAGACUCUGUGGUUUAAGGCCCACUACAACGAGGCGGAGAAGAUAAGGGGAAGACCACUAGGUGCUGUGGAUAAAUACCGGCUGCGGAAAAAGUACCCUCUCCCGAAGACGAUAUGGGACGGGGAGGAAACGGUUUACUGCUUCAAAGAGCGUAGUAGGAACGCCCUGAAGGAGUGCUACUUGAGGAACAGAUACCCAACCCCCGACGAAAAAAGGGCGCUAGCGAAAAGGACAGGUCUGACGCUGACGCAGGUCUCCAACUGGUUCAAGAACAGGCGACAGAGGGACAGGACGCCGCAGUCUAGGCCGGAUCUUCUAAUCAGCAAUAUGUCAAUAAGCCAGGGCAAUAUGAUGAACACGAUGACCAGCCACCACCAGCCCAGUUUAGACAUGACAGCUUUCCAGGCGGCUUCAAAACUGUUCGAUCCCAAUUGUACAGUCACUUCCUGUUAUCCUGAUUACCAGAUGGCAUAG